CACAGGCGGCGGCUGCGGCGGCUCGUUUUCCAUAAACGUUAGGACCGGGUACAAUGCUCAUGCGAACACCGCUGGGAGCGCAUUCUCGCCGUGUUCGUCUUCGGUGUCGGAUGGUCGGUGCCGUUCCGGUACGCGCACUUCUGCUCUCUCGCUCUCCUUAUUCGCCGGCUAUAACAGUGGUAGAAGCAGCAGACAGCAGGCAGCAGCAUCACACAAAACAGUUUGCGCUCGGUGCGUUCGGUUUCGUAAAGGCGGAGGGCGGCAAACAUCUGUGCCGCAUCAGACGUACACACACAACACCGCAUAUUAUCUCGCCAGCCGCACAACAUGCUGCCGCCAGCUGGUGGUGCGAGCGUCCGUCCGUCAUCAGUCUGCCGGCUAGCAUAGAAAGGGAAACAGCUGCGUCGUCGUCGCAGUAGGCCUUCUUUCUGGUUCGUUUUUUUGUGUUGUUCUUUGCAAGCCGCGAGUUUGGCCAACGACGAAACCGUGCAAGAAAGCACGGAUGUGUUAAUGUCGUGACGAAGAGUUUUCUAGUGCAACAGAACAGAAUUGCGCGCUCUCGCAAGUGUUGUUUGCAUAAAAAGAGGUGACAGAUGCGUUCAAUUAGCCCGACGUGAGCUGGCCGGGCGAGUGUUUGUGUUAGUUCUAAGGUGUCCGCAAGCUUGAAGAGACCUGCUUUGGUUGACCUAGUAAAAAGUGCUGUGAACAGAAAGUGUUUCUUGAUUGAGCAUUACGCUAUCAACGUUUCUAAUACUCUUAAAAGUGAUCCAAGAUUGGUCCAAAAUUUGUGAGUUUUAUUUGCUGUGAGGUGAGAAAGAGGCUUCUUCCAACAACAAACCGAUCAGCUGUUCCAUUCGUGCCGUUUCCGCUGUGUUGUUUCCAGUUUUACCGGUGUCGUCGGUGUAGCCGGUUUCAGCCCCCCAAAAAAACCCCAGAACGCCUUCCGGUGAAGCACGUGCGCGCGCGUUCCAUCACGCUCUCAGUGUUCUCUCUCUCUGUGUUCGCUGUGCGUUUACUCCAGCUUCGCAAACCGGUCGUUAUCCUUCGUUCGAACAGUAGUGGGUGUUUGUGUAAGUUCUACCAUCUUUUCGUUCGCAAUAAAACCAAACCGUUCCAGUCCUGCCGUUGGACUGCUUCCAAGGAUUCAUCGAACGAGCGAAACAUCCCCAGUACUUCGAGAAAGAUGGCGCUAGAUGGUAAAGCAAUCAAAGAAGAAAUACCAGACAAAGAUACGUACGAGACCAGCGCUCGUAAGUUAAAAGGCAAAGAACAAUGCCGCACGCCGGACUCACCGGAAGGCGCCCGUGUAGUGGCGCCCCGGUCGCCCAUCUCGCCCCAGAUCUCGCAGCAUCACAGCACGCUCGUGCCGCCCCGGUCGGCCUCGUCACAAGUCAAUCGCCACGGGAGCUCGUCACCGCCCGGCACGGUCAACGGUGGUGGUAGUGGCAGCAGCCUCGGCAGCCUGACCCCGCCGCCGGCCAUCACGCCCGCGUCGGCAGCGGCCGUGGCCGCGGCAGCAGCGGCAGCCGCCGCCCAGCAGGACACCGCCAAGCUGCUGAAGAUCCGCCGGUUCCUCGGUGCGCUCGUGCAGUUCGGCCAGGACGCAAACGUCGACACCGGCGAUCGGGUGCGCGCCCUGGUGCUGUCGCUAGCGAGUGGCGCUAUCACAGUGGACGAAUUUCAGCUCGCCGUACAGGAGGCGACCAACUUUCCGUUGCGCACGAACGUCGUCCCAUUCCUGAAGUCGCACGUUCCAGUACUGCAGCGAGAGAUCAACAUACUGGCCCGAUCGAAUAAGCAGACAUCGGCCCAGUACGUCCGUUCGAACGAGAGCAGCGUGAUGGAGUACGUCCAAAAUUUGGCCGAAACGGCCGAAAUAUUUCUACCGCACGAGGGUACGUUCGCUUCCUCGGUGACAGCUGCAGCAGCGGCCGCCGCAGCCGCAGCAGCUGCCGUGGCGAGUGGUGCAGCCGCUGCUGCCGCCGGUGGACCAGCUGCCGGUGCCACCGUCAAUGGGUUGGGCCUGAAACGACGAGCUUCUGAUAACUUAUACGACACACAUUCAUCGGGACCACCGGAAUGGGGUGACUACGUGCUGCCGCCGACGAAACGUCCCCAUCCUUCGCUUCUGCUUGCAUCCGGCGCUUCGCAGCUCUAUCCCGGCCAUCCGGCACUCUUCGAAUAUCAGAACGGUGGCUUACAUCCACAUUCCGAUGGUUUGCAUUCCAUUCAUCGAGACGAUCGGGAUUUGCGUGCCGGCUCGACCGAAUCUCACCGACCACCGAGAAUUCCUCCGGGCGGUGGAAGUGGUGGCGGUGGUGUAGGUGGUGGCAGUGGCACUGGAAGCACCGGAAAUGGAACGCUGGGCAGUGGUAGCAUAAGCGGUGCCUCGAUCGGUGGUGGCGGUGAGGAGGAGUGGAAAAACAUUCACACAAUGCUGACCUGCAUUUCGGCGAUGGUGGAGAAGACGAAGCGAGCGAUCUCGAUCCUGCAGCAGCGCGGUAUCGAUAAUAACCAUGCGCGCGACCAUCAGGACAGCUCGAUGGCUGACAUUAAGCGGCAGACGGAGGAGAAGAUCUCGGAGUUCCGCCGAACGGCGGAAGAGUCCGUGAAUCAGGUGAAACGGCAGGCCGUCAUGGAGAUACAGCGUGCGGUAGCGGCAGCGGAAGCGCGAACGCUGGAAAUGAUCGCCCAGGAGCGCUUAAAGAUGGAGAAGAUGUACGCGGACAUUCAUCGUGGUAGCAGCGUGCCGGACGAGACGGAGCCACCGAUAACAACUGGUAGUCAGAAUGCCUGCUGGAACUGUGGAAGAAAGGCAAACGAAACCUGUUCCGGCUGUAAUCUCGCACGGUACUGUGGCUCCUUCUGUCAGCACAAGGAUUGGGAUCAGCAUCAUCAGGUCUGCGGUACAUCACGCGCCGAGAACAGCUUUCAGAAGCACACGCAAAGCUCUCGCGCUUCGAUAGCGUCCCGGUCGACUACACCGCAGCAGCAGAGCAACAGUACAGCCAACGGCACUGCUGCCACCGCAAAAUGACGGACUAAACCGCUGAAACCUAAGAAAAAGUAUCUGUGCUAGUCAAAUUACAGUCGGCAGAGUUUGGAAGAAGCAACCAGCAAUGGGCAAUUAAUGUAGUGUUCCCAGGUCUCGUCCCAGAUAGAUCGCCCCCCUAGGUGCUCGUUAGGAGUGGCUCAGUUACGGCACGGGGCAGCCCGUACGAUAAUUCAUUUACCGGCGCAGCUAGUGCGUCGGUGGUAGUAGUUUUUUUGGUUAUGUUUUAGCGUUUAACGUUAGUUCAAUACCUAAGUUUCAACACAGUUUUAACACAGUGCAAUAUGAUGAUGAUUUUCUUUCUGUUCUGUAGCGAUACAAAACAUGGUAACCAGGAUUAGGGAAGGUUUUAGGGAAUAGUGCGAGAUGAAGGAGAAAAAAGAAGGAAACAAAAACAGCCAAACAAUGUAAGGUUUAUUACUUUAAUCCCAAAGUAGAUGUUGACCAAAAUAAUUAAAGAUGAAACCCCUUAGCCGUAGCUAUUGUAAGCAAAACGAUGACGAUCGAUGGAAAUUACUUCUACCACAACUAAACAAGCAGAGCGCUCACUUAAGCUCACCUACAUAGUCAGUAGCGCAUCAACACUACAAUGAAACUCACACUCACACAAACAAACUCACUAAAUGCACAGACAAAUUCUGCACAAAUUGUUCGUUUUUUGGUGUAUGCACCACUAUCCCGUCUGCCCUCAUAUAAAUAUCGAACGUGUGUGUAACGUGGAUGGAAGCUUCGUAACAUAUGAGUAGCAAAACCGAAAUGAUAGGAUUUUGUAAUUUUGUUUUUUAACAUUUAAAUCAGCCCACCAAAUUUAUUUGUAUCUCCAUGGAAAUUUAAAACCAUUACUAAUGAAUAUAAUUAAGUGUUCAUCAGGCAGAAUUCAAUGGUUCACCUGCUCCAUAUACCAAUUCGCAUCAAUCGGUAGAGGUCGGAUUCGAUAAAAUAGUUUUGUAGAUACGUUAUAAUUGUUAACUAAUUUAUUUAUACAAUUGUAGCUUAAUGAUUGUUUAUCUUUUUGUAACACAAAAUUGCUUUUCCUUUUCGUUCACAAAACAGCAAACAAACAAAUACUUUCAUUACAGAUUAACCGAUAGAAGCUAGAGCUCUCCUAGCUAGUAAUAUAUUUUUAACAUUAGUCAAAUAAAAAAAGGUAAACACUUCAAUCGAAGAAUGUGAAACUUAACUUGAAACAAACAAACAAAAAACAGGAAUAAAAUUCGUGAUUUAAUCACCUAGUUGCGUUGUUGGACUUACAUGCGUCUCCUUCCUACUCCCGGCAAUCGCUAUCAUUCUCCAGCAUGAUCGAAUGCGUGCCGAGAAGCGGAUAAAUACUGUGUUGAAAAUAUUGGCACAUUGCCAAACGCUAGCAAGCAGCAAACUGUACUGUAAAUAGCUACAUUCUGUACAACCUAUUGCCAACUCUUGAUCACACUUCGACUACCCGUACCGAUGUAAAAUUAAUCAAAAUAAAUGAUGAAAUAAACCAAAAACUGUAUUUGUAAAACGAGCACCAUAAGUGGAGUAUUU